GUUUUGUUGUUUUUUAUAAUAUUUUUUACUUCUGUGGACACACGUCGCUUUCUCUCCGGGAGACUGAGCGAGUUGGAGAAAGUGUUGAUCCGGGGGAAGGACGCGCUCUCCCCGGGUCCCGGUGGAUGUUCCUCCCGGUUCCCCCGGUUCCACAGAACUGAUUCUUCCUCCAAGUGAAGGGACACGAUCUGAACAAGUUUCCACAGGGAGAUUUUCAACAUAAUAUUGGUGUUUGCUUCUAAAAAACACCCGAGGAAGGAGCUGCACCUGUGGACUCUCAUCCCGGCGUUUCACCGCCACAUCCCCGCAGAACCAGGACCAGAACCAGGAGGUACCGGGUCCACUACCGGGACUUCCAGUGCCACUAUGCCGCAGGUGGACAUGCUCCUCUUCCUCCUGCUCCUCCUCAUCGGGGUGUGUGUGCACGGCCAGGACCCGGCUUCCAAGGUGGUGUCCGACCGAUACGCCGUCAACUGGAACCGGACCAACCCCAAGUUUUACCGGGGCGACUACCACAUCGACGUGUGCAUCAACGACUACCUUGACGUGUACUGUCCGCACUACACCGGCCCGGUGGCGGACGAGCGGGCCGAGCGCUACAUCCUCUACAUGGUGAACUACGACGGCUACAGCUCCUGCGACCACACGGCCAAAGGCUUCAAGCGCUGGGAGUGCAACCGGCCGCUGUCGCCCAACGGGCCGCUCAAGUUCUCCGAGAAGUUCCAGCUCUUCACCCCCUUCUCCUUGGGCUUUGAGUUCCGCCCCGGCAGAGAGUACUACUAUAUCUCCUCCAUCACCGACGACAAGGGGAGGAGGAGCUGCCUUCGCCUCAAAGUCUUCGUCCGGCCUCAGAACAAUUGUGUGAAAAACUCCGGGAGCGUUCAGGAAGGAGUCGAGUUCGACGACAACAACCACAACUCACUGGAACCCAGAGACGGAAUCAGCCACGAGUCUCCGGAGCCGGCCCGGAGGGACGUCAACUCCGCUGGGCGACGCCACACCUCCGUGCUCCUUCUCAGCUCCGCCCUCAUACUCCUGGCGGCCAUCUUGUCUUUAUAGCACCUGGUCUGAGGAAAUCGCCAUCCCUCCUCCCACCCCAUCCCCCUCCCCUCUCCAGGAAUGGACUGUCCUGAUUGGACCACAGGCCGCCCUACCCUCCAACCCCUCUCCCCUGAAGGAGCACUUUUCAAAACAAAACAAAAAAAAGAAUAUAAAAAUGUAAAAAAAAAAACACUGAGUCUCUCUCGGGGGAACGAGAGACGACGGGACUUCGACGCCGAAGCCGUUGUUGUUUUUUGACUUUUUGGAAAAUGCCAACUAGUUCGAUUCCGGACUUUGCGGCUCCCGGGUGCGAAGGUGGUCGCACCGGCGCCGAACGAGUCUCUGACCUGUCGCCUUGCUGCUGUUCACGGUCUGCAGAUAUUACACAUGUAUCUGUGUCCAAGAGAAGCACACACACACACGCUUUUAAACA